UCCCAACAAACCCUUUUGGAUUUUGCGCCUCGUUGUUGAACAAAAUGAGAUGGAUGCAGUUGAUCUGAAGAAAGAUACUGAGAGAGCAGAUGAGAUCAAGGCUAUGAAGCAAGCUUGGGAGGCUGCAGAACCAGGGAGAGCUAUCAAGGCUGCUCAAGAACGCGUACGUUAUAUUAAUGAGUGUAUUAAAAAAAGCCUAAUGGAAGCUGAGGCUGAGAAUGCCAGCCCUUCAAGGGAAGCAGAAAAUGUUUCUCCUAUUUCUGAAGUAAUGGUAUUUCCUCCAGUCACUGAAGCAGGUUUAGCCAUUCAGCGGAAGGAAUGGGCUCCUAUAGACCUCGCUCCCUAUAUUAGAAAAACACAGAUUGUGCCUAUCGUGAAGAAUGAGUUCAUUAUCCAACAGCAAGAAAUGCGUAAAACAGAGGAAAUAAAUAUUUUUAGACAUUUUCGAGAACUGGUUCUGGAACAUAGGCAGCAAGAACGCAUGGCGAGGAAUCAGUUGAAGCAAAAUGUACUGGAAAUGUAUGAAGAUUUACAAGCAGCCUUAGACGGGGACCGAAGCAGGAUCUUUGGAAUCCGAGAAGCAUACAGAGCCAAACUAUUGGAGGCUGAACGUUUAAGACUAGAAGCAGUAGCAGCUGAAGAAGCUGCCCUUCGAGCAGAGCAAGAGAAGAAAAGCCCGGAUGUGCAGAAAAAAAAGGGAGGGAAAACUGGAGGGAAGAAAAAAUAAUAGUAUUUUCUACGAUAUUUUGUUAAAUUCACGGAUGAGAAAAGAACACCCUUUUUACUAUGUUGCAGUUUAGGUAUGUAGAACAGAGUUUUUUUAAAUGCUGUUUGGAAAGUAUUGUUUUGCUCUCUGUUGAGUACUGCAUCCGCCUUUUUAAGUGAUGUCACUGAUACAAAAACUGAAUAGUUUUACGUUGACUUUUGCAUUGUGUUUGUAUCUUCAUUGCAAUAAAG